AUGUCUGGACAGGUGGAAGCCAAACCGGCAACGGCCGCUGACGGAGUUACUGAAAAACCGCGCGUCGACACGGACCAUGCCGAAAUUCUUACCAAACCUGCUCUAAUGGAAAAUGCCUUCGACGGCGAAAAUAGAGAACAUGAAAUGGGUGUGUGGGAGGCAGCCAAGAAACACCCCUGGGGUUGUUUCUGGGCCUUUGUGAUGUGCUUCACCAUUGUGAUGGAAGCUUUUGACAUGUUCUUAAAUGGCAACUUUGUUGCGCAAACAGCUUUCCGCAGACACUACGGUGUUUACGUCAAUGAGAAAGACGGCUAUGUCAUUCCGACACGAUGGCAAAGCGCUUUGUUCCAGUCUGGACAGUGCGGCGCCUUUAUUGGUGUCUUUCUUGCCGGCCCCAUCACGAAUCGCCUGGGUUAUCGUUGGACCACGAUAUUGGCCCUGGUUUUGAUGAACCUGACGAUUUUUGUGUCAUUCUUUGCCAAUUCCCUCACUUUUCUCGUCGUUGGGCAGGCGCUGGAAGGCGUGCCAUGGGGCAUGUUUAUUGCAAACUCCCCUGCGUAUGCUAGCGAAGUCGUCCCGCUUUCGCUCCGAGGCGCUUGCACGGCUACUCUACAAAUGAGUUGGUCCAUUGGUCAGAUAAUUGUUUCCGGUGCCACAUACAGUACCAACCAUCGCGCUGAUGAAUGGGCUUGGCGCAUUCCUCUUGCGCUCCAGUGGAUUUUCCCUACUCCGCUACUAAUCCUCAUUUUCCUUGCGCCCGAAUCACCAUGGUGGCUUAUUCGCCGUGGCCGCAAAGCUGAAGCCCUUCGCUCCAUUAAGCGGCUUGGCAGCCAGACAGAGGAGCAGACUCAGCAGACGUUGGCUAUGAUGGAGCGCACCGUUGAGCUUGAAGUGCAGCAAGGCGGGACGCCCAGUCUAUUAGACCUGUUCAAGGGCACCGAUCUGCGUCGAACCCUCAUCACCUGUUUAAUCUACGCCUCACAGAAUUUUGCAGGCAAUCUCAUUGCCAACCAGGCCACCUUUUUUUUCGAGCAGGCUGGAAUCGCCCCUGACAAGGCAUUCAUGCUCAAUCUAAUCAACUCAUGCCUCCAGUUUGUCGCAAACACACUCUCCUGGCCGCUGAUUGCGUUUUUCGGCCGCCGAACGGUGUACUUAUACGGUACAACCGCCAACAUGACACUCCUCAUCCUACUGGGAGUCUGCGCCUCGAUCCCACAGAACAACGCGACAAACUAUGCGCAGGCUGUGCUGGGAAUUGUCAUUUCAUUUAUCUUUGCUGGAAGCCUUGGCCCAGUUUCUUACACAAUUAUUGCUGAGACGUCCUCCGUUCGCCUCCGAGCUCUGUCAACCGGUGUCGGUCGCGCAGCUUACUAUGUGGCUGAGAUCCCCAUGAUUUAUCUGGCAUCGCAGCUGCUCAACCCUACUGGAUGGAAUCUUGCCGGCAAGUGUGGCUACGUGUGGGGAGGCACGGCGCUGGUAUGUCUGGUGUCUGCCUACUAUGGUCUCCCCGAACUCAAAGACCGUUCUUACCGCGAGGCGGAUAUUCUGUUCAAUCGUAAGGUAUCAGCCAGGAAAUUCAAAUCGACGGUUAUCGACGUCAAGGACAACGAGUAG